AUGGUGUCCUUUCGCGACUCCUUUAUUGCUUCUGAGCAAAACUGUGUGGAGUUUGCCGGGAUCGUCGAGACGACGCCAUUUCCGAGGAGAGGUGAGAAAGAAGGGAGAGAGGGUGAAGAGAUUGGGAGAAAGAUGAGAUCGGGAAUCAUCGUCUCCGCAGCCGCGCUUGCUUUCUUCUCCAUCUUUCUCACUCUAAACCCGGACAUCGGCCCUCCGCGGUCCUCCUCGACCGGAGCCGCCGCCGCCGCCGGGACUACGUUCGGGGGCCGUGCUCGCGACGUGCUGCACGGCGCCGAGCUCCUGCACCUCAACGGCACGACCGGCCCGGAGAGCUUGGCGUUCGACGCCGAGGGACGGGGGCCGUACACCGGCGUCGCCGAUGGCCGGAUUCUGCGUUGGGGAGGUGCGGCCCGUGGCUGGGAGGACUUCGCCACCGUUUCUCCUUAUUGGAACAGGGAAAGGUGUGAUCUGAAGGGGGAGGUGAUGGGGGAUGAGGAGGUGUGCGGGCGGCCGCUGGGGCUGCAGUUUCACGAGGCCACCGGCGACCUGUACGUGGCGGACGCCUACUUCGGCCUGCUGGUGGUGGGCGAGGGCGGCGGCGCUGCGACUCAGCUCGCCGUCGAGACCGACGGCGAGCCCUUCCGCUUCACCAACCAUCUCGACAUCGAUCAGGUCAACCAUACCAUUUACUUCACUGACUCGAGCUCGCGCUUUAGCAGAAGACAAUUUGCGAUGUUGGUCGCGAGUGGCGACAACAGCGGAAGGCUGAUGAGUUACGAUCCCAAGACAAAGGAAGUGAAGGUGCUGCUCAAGGGCUUGAAAUUUGCCAAUGGGGUGGCCUUGAGCAGAGACAGAUCCUUCAUACUCGUGACCGAGUCGAGUGGCUGCAGGGUCACAAGGCUCUGGCUCAAAGGUCCUAAUGCAGGGAAGACUGAUGUUUUUGCUCAUUUGCCUGGCUAUCCAGACAAUGUGAAGAGGAACUCAGCAGGGGAGUUCUGGGUAGCCUUGCACGGGAGGAAAGGACCUCUGUCAGUGGUGCUCCAGUAUGACUCUUGGUUGAAGAGAGCAAUCCUUAAGCUGCCAUUGAACUUCCAACGCCUGCACAAGAUGUUCAUGAGCAAGAGAUCCCAAGCUAUGGCCAUCAAGCUCAGUGAAGAUGGCGAGGUUUUGGAUGUCCUGGAAGACAGGGAAGGAAAGAGCCUGAGGUUUAUAAGUGAAGUAGACGAGUUCAAUGGGGACUUGUGGGUGGGCUCGGUGAUCAUGCCCUAUGCAGGUUUAUACAAGCUUUAGAUCCACAGAUGAAGCCCCAUGUGUGUGUUUGCUGUGAAAUUUCAUGUAUCACUAAUCAAAUGUUAGUUGUGAUC